CGAAAUGAGGUAUUUGCUAGCUCGACGCUGCAAGUGGACGAGCGAGCAAAGCUAGUCAUACUGUAAUAUGCCCGACAAAUAAAACAUAGCAUGUAAAUUGAUUUCGUAAUUGUGACCUGUGCGGCCAGGUUGACAUUACAGCCUCGAUUUUAACUCCUUGUAUCAUACGGAGAGCUGCAGCAGCACAGUCGGCCCUCGUCGUCGUCGUCGUCGUCGUGGCCCAGCAGGACUCGUGAAGUUGGGAUCCAAACUUCUGCUUCAUCCGGCGGCUCUCCGCGGGGCCCGGGGCUGUUGUCGCCGGCCCUGUGGAGGAGGAAGUGGUCACAAACUCCUGAUUCCUAAGGGAGGGUUUCUUUGAUGGUAGAAUCCUCCUUCUGGGCCUCUUGGGUCAGUUGUUGUGCCAUGAUGAUGGAUGAGCAGGAGGUGUUUAACUCAAUCAUGCAGGAUCUGGUAGAACUUCACCUCUCUAGCAGGCCUGCCAUGUACCUUACGGACCUUGGAAAACCUAAAGCCUCCUCGCCCAAAAACCAGAAUGAUAUCCGAGUGAAGUUUGAGUUCAAGGGGGAAAAAAGGAUCCUACAGUUCACGCGACCUGUGAAACUGGAAGAGCUGAAGGCAAAGGCUAAAGUGGCGUUUGGUCAUACAAUGGAUCUUCACUACAGCAACAAUGAGUUGGUGAUUCCACUCAGCAGUCAAGAUGAUCUGGACAAAGCUGUUGAGCUGCUGGAUCGUAGCGUCCACAUGAAGAGUCUGAAGAUCCUGCUGGUGCAACACAUUAGUUCCCAGAACUCUUCCUCCAACAUGGACCUUCUUCCAUCACUUGAAAAUCUGGACAACACGGGGUUCAGAGCUGGAGACAAGAAGAACAUGCUGGCAUCCAUAGGCUCUCAAUCAACAGACCGCAGCUCGCCGCCGCCAGGCUACAUUCCUGAUGCUCUCCAGCAGGUAGCUAGAAACGGAUCCUUCACCAGUAUAAACAGCGAGGGCGAAUUCAUCCCAGAGAGCAUGGACCAGAUGUUGGACCCUCUCUCUAUGAGCAGUCCUGAGAAUUCUGCAUCUGGAAGUUGCCCAUCUCUUGAUAGUCCCCUAGACAGUGAGUAUCCCAAGUCGAGGAUGCCUCGAGCACAAAGUUAUCCUGACAAUCAUCAGGAUUUUGCAGAGGAUGAGAUUCCAGUCUUUGACAAGACAGGGAAAGGUGGCACGUAUCCACGGCGGUAUGGUAUUUCUUUCGGCCUUCAGGACUAUAGUGACGGGAGGAAGACAUUCCCACGUGCCCGCCGGACGCAGGUUCAAGGUUUCCGCUCACCGGUCAGCUUCAGUCCCACAGAUCAGUCCCCUAGUACGAGCAGUGGCAGCAGCGUCUUCACCCCUGACCUGGAGGAGGGACCCGGACCUGUGAGACGACCUCGCAAGGGCAGUGAUAUUGAGCCCAAUCAGACAAGUGCUCCGACGCUGUCGGUGAUGGACAUCAGUCCACCCAGUCGCUCUCCACGAGCUCCGUCCAAUUGGAGGUUGGGGAAGCUUCUGGGCCAAGGUGCUUUUGGACGAGUCUUCCUCUGCUACGACGCAGAUACUGGACGAGAACUGGCUGUCAAGCAGGUCCAGUUUGACCCAGAGAGUCCAGAGACUAGCAAGGAGGUGAGUGCAUUAGAAUGUGAGAUCCAACUGCUGAAGAAUUUGUGCCAUGAGCGCAUUGUGCAGUAUUAUGGCUGCCUGCGGGACUCAAUGGAGCGAACGCUUUCCAUCUUCAUGGAGCACAUGCCAGGGGGCUCCAUCAAGGAUCAGUUAAAGUCAUAUGGUGCGCUGACGGAGAAUGUGACGCGCCGCUACACCCGGCAGAUACUGGAGGGUGUGUCGUACCUGCACAGCAACAUGAUCGUGCACAGAGACAUAAAAGGCGCCAACAUUCUGCGUGACUCCGUGGGCAACGUGAAGCUUGGAGAUUUUGGAGCCAGUCGCAGAUUACAAACGAUCUGUCUAUCAGGAACUGGAAUCAAGUCAGUAACAGGCACCCCCUACUGGAUGAGCCCGGAAGUGAUCAGUGGUGAAGGGUACGGUAGGAAGGCGGACAUCUGGAGUGUCGGCUGCACUGUGGUGGAGAUGCUAACCCAGCGACCUCCAUGGGCCGAGUUUGAGGCAAUGGCUGCUAUCUUCAAAAUUGCCACCCAGCCUACAAACCCGGUGCUGCCCGUUCACGUGUCGGACCACUGCCGCGAGUUUCUUAAGCGCAUUUUUGUGGAGACUAAGCAGCGCCCAUCUGCUGACGAGCUGCUGAGGCACAUCUUUGUGCAUUAACUUGGCCGCCGCUGACCCCGCCCCUUUCUUUCUACAAGCUCAAAAACAAAGCUGUGGUUGGGUGGGGCUUCGAGGAUGUGGCUCCAGCGGUCAGUUUUUCGGAGACUGCUGUAGAGGACUGGAGAGAACUUUUUAUCUCUGCAAGUUGCACCUUAAUUUCCACAGGAGACUUUUUUUGUCUGGGUCGGUGUCGUGGACCUACACAAGAUUAUUAUGCCGCACUCUGGAUUGGACCCUCCUUCUCCCUCCCCUUGACUCCAGAAUGUAGCCUCCUGCCAAAACCAGAGCUGUGGCGACAAGCGAGGCUGCUGCUUAACACUCCGACAACACUUUCAAUUUGCCUCAUUUCUCUUCCGUCAGCCACCAUUUUCUGCUUGUGCCUUUUCUGUUGCCGUCAGUUUUGCCACAUGCAAACCUAAUCAGCUUUUAAAGCUCAGUUGUGUCACUUCAUAGCAGAGGAUCAUGAAGAGUCAUUUCUCUGCGCCAUUCAGAGUCCUUCCUGCUCAGUCUGCAUUAAAACUCAAUCAUAAUAGCAGAUCGCCACAAAAAUCCCGGCACUAAACUUGGCCGCUCGUGAACUUAUUUAAAUGUAAGUAAGAUGCUCUAAUAUUGCGCUUUUUUUAUUUUUAACCACUCCAUUAUUUUUAUUUUGGUCUCAUAAUUUAUGCUAGAGAUGGUGAAUGAUGAGGUCAUCAUGGGACUAUGAGUCUCAUCUUCAAAGGAGUCUAGAAAACUCCCAUGGAACACGUUUUUAAGACUCUGCUGGUCGUCGCUGUUGAGUUGAUUUAAUGCAGAUGUGGUUUUACACAUUUUAUCUCCUGAUGUAGUCAAUGUGUAAAACUGGGUAUUUGGUGACCUAAGCAAAUACGAUGAUGUGUGUUGAUCAGAGAUCAGCCAUCGAGACCUUCUGGUCUUCUAACUUGGUAACCAAACUAUUUACAACAGAAUGCCAGGUGCAUUUAAAUGGUCUUCCACUAGGGGACAGGCUGUAAUCAUGUUUGGGUCUGUGUUGAGAUGUUUUACAUGAGCAACUGAACAUUUGGGAAUCUACUAUAAAAUGGAGUGAAGAACAAUCCCACAAGUCUAUAAGAAAGUCUACUCUGUGAGUUUUGUCCAUCUGCCAUUUCCUCUGUUUCUGCUAUUAAGUCUAACACUGCGAUGCCUAGACAGCUUAAACCUGCUUAUCUCCUGUCCAUGCCGUUUAGAUUUCACCUUGAACACCUCCCCAAAAAAGCGUGGGUCCAACUUCAUAGGAAUAAGAGGAGAAUGCAAACUCGGCAGGCCCAUGCUUUUUUUUUGUUUGUUUUUUAUAAAUAACUGCAAGCCUUUCCAAACCAUGUGUCUGCCAAACUGAUGCAUACUUAUUUUUCUUGCACAGUAUUUCAAGCUAUCCUGGUGCACAACCUUCGCCUCCCACCCCACCUUUAACAAAUCAUUUUCGGCAGCUUAAAAUUUGCAAAAAGUGCACUUAAUGGUCAUCUACUAAUACCGUGGAGGAUUCCCAGCACUUCUUCAUUGGUCUCACUCAUAUUUAUGAAACGGUACCAACCCUGGUCACAGUCACGCAAACAUUGUGCCCGCAAUGCACUUAAACUCACGAGGGUUCCUUUCCACAUCAACUCAUACAGCUUCACUCAGCGACUAUUUCUUUGCACACUUUGAAUAUUAUAUUUGUGUGUGUGGGUGCGUGUAUGCGUGUGUGUGCGUGUGUUGACAUGGCUCCUACGUGAAUGUAUCAUUUCUUUCAUCAGAUUGCCUCGGUGGAUAUAAACGUUCUCCUGUUAAACUGCGGAACACAAAAGAAGUCCAUUGCUGCUACGCAGUUGUGUAUGUCCGUGCGUCUGCAUGUGUGUGUCAUGGCACUCGACCUAUCUGGGGCAUCUUGACUGGAUGGGCAAGAAAAUUAAAUGCUAAAAAGUUAUUACUUUAAAAAUGUUUGGAGAAAAAAAAAAAAAAGUCUUUUUGUUUUUUAAAUGGAGACAGAGAAUCUCAUGUGUUCUGUCCUUGUCAUUUGAGAAGCCAUGUUUCUAAUUCUGUUGGUUUGUGACCAAUGCGCCUGUUUAUAUCAGAUCUGUAUAUCAGUGGUACGCAUAAUUUUUUAAUAUAUAUUUUUUAUUUUGCUUUUUUUAAUGGAAGAUUUUCCUUAAUGGUUGGGUCCAGAGAGACGCAGCGAUGCCGUGGAAUAGUUGCUGUUUUUGGGCAAAAUUCUGGAGUAUUGCAACGGUUCUGUAUUCACGAUUAUGACAAUAAAAGAUAUUUAUUUCAUG